AUGGCUGUUUACACUCAAUACGUACAAGGCUCUGCCUCUACAUCGGCAUCCGUACCGCCCACCUUAACACGCAACACCGAAUCUAGUUUUAAUGCAUUUGCGCGCGUCCUUCAGGCUUGCAAAGAUCUCGACCCAGCUGCAAGGAUCGAUCCAGAUAACGGUACUGCUCUCCUUUUUGCAGAUGCUUGCUUGAGACUUGGUGAAGAAGCUCUCGACGAUGCAGGCUACAAUGCGCGACUUCAAGAUCAGAAUCUCGAGGAUGACGACAGGGCAGCGUGGGAACUUGAACAGAGCACCUGGAGAUUAAUACACAUGUUGACAUCCGAAAGACUGCAUCGAAUCGGACGCAAAUCUCAAGCUCCGACAGAAGAACAGGACAAGCAUGCGAUCCAGGCGUAUGAGACGCCGCUUGCAGCUAUACAAAGCAUCUUUGAAAAGGACGAGCACCUCAACGAGCUUCGUAUCAUUCGCGAAUGGCUACAAGAGACCCUGAUUCCCAGGCACAUCGUAGAAGUGCGCAAAGGCUAUCUUGCCUUCACCAAGAAUCGAGUGCGCGCAGAGAAGCGUGCAAGCGUCGGAGGUGGACCUACGUCUGGCGAUGGACGCAAGCUGGCAUUCGGAUCAGCAGCCAGCUCCAGCUUUGCGCCCAGGAAUCGUGGUAAGGCCGUCAAGAACCUCGAUCCUGAUGCUGUCUCGCGAGGCGAGGGCGGCCUCGAGCUUGAGGACGCCACCUAUGAAAAAGCGCUUCUGCGCACCCUAUUUGAGUAUGCGCGUGCCGGCCGUUUGGAUGCUGCAUUCGACCUCUGCCACCAAAUUGAUCAAAGCUGGCGAGCUGCAACGCUACGUGGCGCAAUGCUGUACCAUGAUCCGGCUGUCAACGCCGAGCCGCAGGACGUCGAUCGCGUCGUGGGCAACCGCAAUAGAACACUGUGGAAGUCAGCCUGCAGGAAGCUGUCUGCCAACCCCAACUUGGAUGAAUACGAACGAGCACUGUACGGAUCGCUAGCAGGCGAACUUCAAUCGGUCAUCCAUGUCAGUCAGAGCUGGGAAGAGUUGCUCUGGGCUCACGUUAAUGCCAAGUUGGAGGCUGCAGUGGACCUCAAGCUCGACGAGAGGCACAGUUGGUGGAGUCAAGAGUCCAAUCCGGACCUUUUCGACGAGGGCGAGCAUGGUGCUGUUCAAGUAUUACAGGGCGCUAUAGCCUCCAUACCCACACCUGCGCCACAGGCUGGCAACGCUUCAAAAUCAGAAAUCAAGGUUGGAUCUCUGCACGGCGUCUUUGACAAGCUGAGCCAAACCCAAGCACACAGCAUACAUCUCCAAGCCAACAACCCGUAUCGCUUAGUGCAAAGAAGCAUCAUUUCUAACAACCUACCCGACCUAUUCAAUCGCUUUGCCGACAACCUCGGUGAUAUGCAGACCGCGCUCGAACCUGCCACUUUUGCACGACUGCUGCGCUUCUUUGCGCAUCUGAUCCUCUACCUCCGCUUGCUCUCGAUCUCACUGCCGGACUUUGCAUGCAACGCCAUUCUGUCAUGCUACGUACAGGUAUUGGAAGCGGUCGGCGAGGUCAAUCUGGUCGCCAUGUACGCUAGCUCUCUCGAGCCGCAGUCAGCGACGAGGAGCUAUGCCAACUUUUUGCGCUCCAUGGACGUCAAUUCUAGCCGCGAAGCCAAGGCGAACGCCCUCCGACAAGCAGAGCAACACGACCUUGACCUAACGGCGGUAGCCAGAUGUACGGUGGAAAUGACCUUCGACGAGCUGUUCCCGAGUAUCGCGUCCGAGUUUGACGAGUCGUCCGGCCUUGGUGGCGCGCUCAAAGCAUUAGGAGGUUCGAAAAAACUCGACACCAUCCGCUUCGAUGUACGUCUCGAUGGGAACGAGGAGGCUCUAGUGAAGGCGAUUGACUGGCUCACUUUUGACCCAACGACUUAUGCCGAGGCCAUCACACAAUCGAACGCACUCACCCGGCUUUUUCUGUCAACAGGUCGCUUGCACGCAGCCAAAGUGCUUCGCGAGCGUAUGCCCAACGAAGUUCUGUCGAGCAUGGACAGCCUCGAUCUCUCGAUGGGGCAGAGCAUCGAACGCGCAGGCUGGGAUACCUUCUUCACGGCAUUGGAAGCGCAUGUGGCUUACAAGCAUUUCUGGACCACUCGGCCUGCUGAUGCUGCUGCUUCCGGCGCUCGUACCGCAGACGGCAUGUCCAAAUUGGAACGCUUGAACUGGGUCAAGGCGCUCAGCCAAGUGGUGGAGCAAGCACGCGAUCUCGACCUGGUGCUGCUUGAACGGGACUGGCUCAAGAUCCCGUUGGAUACAAGCGGCGGUGGAUUGGAAACAGAGCGACGAUCCCGCGAGCUGUUCGACAUCCGACAGGCCUACAUUCCCGAGAUCGUUUUCCGACUGCACGAUAUGCUGGUCGAAUCAUCAAGCGUGGUGCCAAUCAACCUCAAUAUGGCACUGCGCCUUGCUGAGAUCGUGGCAGACGAACGACACAAGGUCUACCUCGAGUUUAUCCGAAGCAACGCCAACCUGCUACAGGACUACAUGCUGCGCGUUCGCGAAGCUUCAUUAUUGCUUCUGAACAAUGGCGGCGACGUCUUUCAGAAGGCUGUAGAAUCGUAG